ACAGCUUCCAUCUCCAGAGCUGGGCAGCAAUUGAUCUUAAUGCUUUCUCUUUUGAGAUAUAUAUUGAUUGAUUGGUAGGAACCCCUUGGCGAUAAGGGUUUAGUUCGGUCUUUCGCUGUGUCGGUUGGGGGUCCCCAACAGAAUCUGGCCUAACAAGCUGGGCGCAGAGCGAUUCAAGUCAUCAAUAUGCAUUCGCCGGAGAUGCCUACAGAUACAGACCCGCUGAUCUCGAGCCGGGAUCUCAAUGACUCUAGGCAGACUGAGCCAGACGAACCUGCGGCUUUGCCUGAGCGGGAGACCAGGAGAGUCCUGCUGCGGCUUUAUAUCUCCCAUUUCUUAUCAACAUGGAACUCGAGGAUGUUUGAGUUUGGUGCCGUUCUCUUUCUGGCUUCCAUUUUCCCCGGGACACUUUUAUAUACGUCUGUCUAUGCUCUGGCGCGGUCGUUGUCAGCCGCGGUGUUUUCGUCCUGGCUUGGUCCAGUGAUCGACCGAGCAAACAGAUUGACCGCCAUACGACACUCUAUUAUCUGGCAGCGAGUCCCAGUUGCAGUCUCCUGCGCGUGCUUUAUUACUCUCUUGACAAUAGAUAAGAAAUGGUGUACACCUAUCUUAUUCACAAUGGCAUCACUGUUAGCCUGCGUGGAAAAGUUGGCUGCAGUAGCGAAUACGGUGGCUGUGGAGAGAGACUGGGCCAUUGUGAUCUCCGAGAGUCUAGGUGUUCCAAGACAAGAUCUUAAUGCAUCGAUGAGACGUAUUGAUCUUUUCUGCAAGCUGGUUGCUCCCCUCUUCAUUUCUCUUCUGGAUUCGGCCUCAGCCAUUAUCGCAAUUUGGACCGUACUUGGACUUAACGCCUUGUCGGCUCUGAUUGAAUACUUUGCUAUAGUACAUGUCUAUAGAUCAGUGCCCGAGCUGUCGCGAGAUCAAUUGCUUCUAUCCACAGAAGAUGGAGACGAAGAACCCACCCGUUCUAAUCGGGGUAGGAUUAGGCUGAUAGCCAGCUAUAUUACAGGUGUUUUAUCUCCGUGGCAGGAAUACGCUGCCAGUCCCGUGUUUCUUCCAUCGUUUGCUCUGAGCCUACUGUAUCUCACUGUGCUAUCAUUUGGAGCAACUAUGGUCACCUACCUCCUGAAUAGCGGCUUUACAGCCCUGGAGAUCAGCACCAUGAGGAUUGGAGCAGUCAUUGCAGAGCUUUCCGGCACCUGGGCAGCCCCGUUCAUCAUGGACAGGAUUGGUCCGGUCAGAUCCGGACUAUGGUUUUUGAACUGGCAGUUUGCCUGUCUAGCUGGUGCAGCAGCAGGCUUUGUCUUCUUGGAUCCUGCAUCUCAAUUGGUGGCUAUUGGCCUUAUUUGCGGCGUUGCAUUGAGUAGAAUUGGCCUCUGGGGAUUUGACCUCUCUGUCCAGUUUCUCAUCCAAGAGAGUGUCGACGAGAGAUCCAGAGCACGCUUCUCCACAACGGAGAUAGCUUUGCAAAGUAUCUUCGAGCUUCUAUCAUUCGCUACUACCAUCAUCUUCCCCUUGCCGGAGCAAUUCAAAUAUCCUGUCCUUAUCAGCUAUGGCGCGAUCUCUUUUGCAGCGAUCUCCUUCGCCGCCUACGUCAGAAAAGAACGGGGCCAUCUAUUGCACACCUCCCGAUGUCUGGGCGGUGAUAAACCGCGUCCAGUUGGUCUACCCUCAAGAUGAUGAGGCUAGUUCGAAAGUUCAUCGCAGGCACCAUCUUCUGUUUUAUAUAUAUGAAUGUAUAUACUAGACUAUCCUCUGCAGUCAAAGGCGAUCUCUUUUAUUUCAAUAUAUUCCAGAACUAGACUAGGAAUAUAGAAUGAAUGCUU